UAUUAGAAAAAAGUAGUCGAUUUGUUGAUGACAAAGCUGAUUCUGGUAAUACUUUAGAUGUACCAAAACCUCAACCUUUAUACGGUAUUGUUCUUUAUGAUUUUGUUGCGGAACGACCUGAUGAAAUGGAUGCUAAAGCUGGUGAACCUAUUAUUGUAAUUGCUCAAUCAAAUCAUGAAUGGUUUGUUGCUAAGCCUAUAGGUAGGCUAGGUGGUCCGGGUUUAAUUCCUGUAUCUUUUAUUGAGAUUAGAGAUCACGCAACUGGUAAAGCAAUUGAAAAUAUUCAAGAGUUAAUGGACAAAUCCAUUGUUCCAAAAGUUGAAGAAUGGAAAAAAAUGACAAAGGAUUAUCAAGAAAAUAGUAUUUCAUUAGGUCGUUUAGAUUCAAAGUUGGUUCCUAUCGGAAUAGAUCCCAAACUCGCUCCUAUGGCUUUGGUCGAUCAAAAUUUAGCUCCUGUAUCUUUAGAUUAUGAUCCAAAACUUGCUCCUGUAUCUUUAGAUUAUGAUCAAAAUUUUGCUCCUGGACCUCCUGAUAAUGAUCCACAACUUGCUCCUGUAUCCUCUGAUUAUGAUUUAAAUCUUGCUCCUGUAUCCUCUGAUUAUGAUCAAAAUGUUGCUCCC